AUGGCGUGGUUGUUGCGUUUUAUCCAGCAUCUCAAGAAUCCAGUUAUUCCCUCGGCAAUGCCACCAAUGAUCACCUUUGCAGAGAUGCGAGUUUCAUCUUUGAAGAUAGUCCGCAUUAUACAACGUCAGUACUUCCCAAACGAACUUGAGUUACUUCGAGACGGCAAACAAUUUAUGGCGGACCCCCAAGUGAAAGAUUGA